AUGUCACGUUCUAAUUAUCAAUAAGAAGAGCAAACUUAGAGAUAUAAGUCAUAAUUAGAGGCUUAAGCUCAAAUUCAAUAUUAUGUAUAUCAGGACUUAUAGAAUGUAGUAAAUUUACUAUAUUCAAUGAAAGCUGUGAUUUAAUAUUUUAAAGAGGAUCCUUAACAUCCUAUGAUCGACUUAUGUAAUAACAAAUUAGUUUUAUAAUUAAAUCUAUCAAAUGGAAUUCAUUAGGAUUUGUUAUAAUAGUGUUAAAAUACAGAAUUAUUUCAAUUUUUAGAUAAAUAAAAAUAAAAUGCUCAAAAAAUGCUUGAUUAAAUUCUCUCUUAAAUGUUUGGUUAGGAAAAAUUAAAAGAAUAGUUGUGUUUAGUUGAAUCUUACAAAAAUAAUUGUUUAGGAAAAAAUUUUUAAUGGAGAUAGUAUGAAUAAAAACAAACAAAUUUACCUGUCUAAUUUAAUGAGUAAGUAUUAAAAAAAAUUAUUAAUUCCAUAUAAUUUAUUGAUAAUAAAAUAAAUUAAGUAGGAUAAAAUGGUGAAUUGAAAUAGCCAAUAGUAGGUGAAAUUUAAUAUAUAGCAUAGUAAAUUAUUGUUUUAUUAUUUUAGAUAGUAUGAAUAAUUGACAUAAAAUAAGUUGCAAUUAAAUUUUCCUCUUUUUAAGAAUAGUACUUCUAUUUAAAGUAAUAAUAAAUCUUUUUAAGAGCAAAACAAUUGUUUUGAAUUGCAACAAAACCAAAAUUAUAAUAAUUAAUAUUGCGAUUAUAAUAAACAAGGCUAAAAUAACUUUUUAAAAGAAUGUGUGGAUAUUACUUAGACAGCUUAACCUUAGAAUGGAAAUUAUAAAUCAAAUGAAUAAUAUUCAAACAAUCUUAACAAUUAAUAAUAAUUGUAAAAUAAGUUAAUAGAAUUUCUAAAAAAAUUUGAACUUCCAAUAAAUAAUAAUACUCACCCUACUAUUCAGAAUAUCCUUAAUUCUAUAAAUAACAAUUACGAAAAGUUAAAAGAAGAUAUCAAGAAGUUAUCAUAAUAUCCCAAUAGUAAUUUUAAAACAUAAGCAGAUUAUGCAAUAAGUCAACGUUCUUCUGGAAAUUUAAGAGAAUAAUUUAGAUUACACUAGAUAUUUCAUCUAUUUUAUAGUUAUUUGGAUGCAGAAAAUAAAAAUGGCAGGAUAAUUAAUAUUUUUGAAUACCUCACUUAUGUCAAAAUUUCUUAUUAAAAUGACUCUGGGAAUUUUCUUAUCUAUUUUGAACAAUAAAAAUGUAUACUAUAGAAACAGCCACAUUUUGUAAAUUAAUAAAACAGUUCAAAUCUAAAUAAUUAACUUUAUUGGUAGGAUGAUUAUUAUUAUGAGCUAUUUAAAAAUUUUUCAAAUAUAUAUGGGUAUCAAAUAAUAUGA